AUGUCCACUCCAACCGUCCUCCAAGCUCGCUUGAAAGAGCUGUCAACCAACCUGGGCAAGAUCCAGCCAUUGAUAAACCAACUCCGGAACUUUUCUCCCAGCAUAGACAAAGGAGAUGAAGUUCGUCUAGAGCUUGGAUCGGAGAUUCAUGCGGGCCUGAAAGAUGCCGAGGAGGAGCUGGAACUUCUGCGAAUCGAUGUUGACGCGCUGGGGCCGAUUGUUGACAACAGGCGAAAGGUCUCGAUUUCUGCGGGGGAGAAAGACAAUGAGAAAGAACGGGUCAUCUCCCUGGCUGAGCGUUUAGAGCAAGAUCUCAAGAAGACUCGAAGCGAAUUUCGAAACGCACAAUUACAAGCUAAAAGACAGACAGAGCUUGCCAGGCGCAAAGAACGCGAGCUACUGUUAUCUCGAUCACAGCCUUCGGAACGCCAACGACCGUCGGAGAAACUCACACAAGAUGACCUUGUGCUGAAUGCCUCUAGUGAUGUCACUGCGGCUUUACGACGGACACAUCAAUUACUGCAGGCCGAGGUUUCGAGAAGUAAAUUCGCCCAGGAAACACUUGAACAAUCGACUGCCGCAAUUUCCUCCCUCUCCGAAUCCUAUAGCAGCCUUGACACCCUCCUCGCAUCAUCCCGCAGCCUCGCCAGCUCGCUCCUUCGCUCUCAAAAAUCCGAUACAUGGUAUUUGGAGACAGCCUUCUAUAUUCUCCUCGGAACUAUCGCAUGGCUAGUGUUCCGCCGAAUUCUGUACGGCCCACUUUGGUGGCUAGUAUGGAUUCCUUUCCAGCUUAUUUUCCGUGUGUUUUUUGCUGUGUUGAGUGCAGUUGGCCUGUCCGGUGCAUCGAAGGAAAUCCAGCCAUCAUCCAGGCCGAUUGCAGUGGACAUCUCUGCAACAAUCCAGCAGGCUGCGACAGCAGUGACGGCAAUAACGAGUGGUAAUAUGCCUAUAGACACGGACCAGCCAUCAAAGCAGGAUGAAGCAGAUCGGCUCAUCGAUAAGAUUGGGCGAAUGGUAUAUGAUAACGAGAAGCAAGGGCAUUAUGAUAUCGAUGAUCUCCCCCCCAGAAGAACAGCAGCGGCAAGAUGA